AUGAGUGUUUAUUGUGAUAAAAGUGACACCCGAAAACAGAAACAUCAUCAUGAAGAAGAUAAAAUUACAUCAAUCCGGUCAAAGGAAACGGAUGAUAAAUCCUCUUGUUAUAAUUUACCUUCAGAUGAUGAUGAUGAUGUUUCGUUUGGCCAAUGUUACCAAUCAAUUGAAAUGGUCGCUGAUUCCGAUAAUCAUCAAAUUAAUGGUGAACCAAUGACCAUGACAAUUAAUCAUUCCAAUCGGGAGAUGACCAUGUUUAUGAAUAAUAUGGAUGGUCAUCAUUAUGAGAACCUAAAUGUUUAUCAUUCUAAUCAUCAGAAUAAUCAUCAAAUUACCAAUGGUAAAAGUGUAAAUUCAUAUCUAUCCAAGGAUCGAUCUAAUUCCGCUAAUAGUUAUUCAUUGGAAUCAAAUUCGAGUGGUAGUAAUACAAAGGAAUCUUCAUCCUCACCUCUAUCUGGUGGUGGUUCUAAUGGUGGAAGUUGUGGUGAUGAUACACACGGAGAUGAAUUACAAUAUGGACCUGGAAUUGUGGACAAAUUGAGAUCGAAAUUUUUACAAUACAGUCUACAAACAUCUACUAGAACCAAUGGUUACCACCGGUCAGUUGUUAAAAGAUGUUCUUCUCUUGAAAAUUUGGCCGAUAGAGAUUCACCUUCAUCUUCACCCUUAUUCCACCAUAGUACUUGUAAUGGUAACAAUUAUGGCCUUCGUAAAGGUCCUAAUUAUGUUAAAUACCAUCAACAUAAUCAUUUAACAAGCAAUAAUAAUAAUAAUAAUAACAAUAAUCAUCAUCGAAACAAUCACAAUAACAACACUACCAAUAAUCAAAUUAAUCAUAAUCAUAAUCAUAAUCAUUACUCUUCACAAUCUAAUCAUACCAAAGGUAAUAAUCACAAUGGUGUUGAUUCUGGUAUAGACUUAAAUGGAAGUGCUGUUGUAAUUGGUAGUCCUGAUGGUGGUCUUGGUGUUGGUGUUGGUGUUGGUGAGAGUGAGAGUGAGGGUGUUGGUAUAAUUAAUAAUAAUAUUAACAAAGGAUCAAUUAAUGGGAAAACAUUUCAAUCAUCAUCUUCUACUCCAACACCAACCAUAGCACCAGAGAAACGAAACUCUUGUUGCCUCAUAGGUUCCCGGACGAUAAAUGGUUUUACAUCAUCGUCAUCAUCAUCAUCAUCAUCAUCAUCCUCUUCUUCAUCCUCUUCAUCUUCAGGGAGAAAUUAUAGAAAACAUGAACAACAGCCAAUUAAAAAUAAUCAUUACCAUCAUUUAAAUCAACAUUCAUCCAUCUAUCAUAACCACAAUCAUCGAUAUAAUUGUGAUGGACUAUUGAAAAGAGCCCAAAGCGUUGAGACUCUCCUAUUAGAAUCAAGGAACUCAACUAAAUCAACAACUUCUAAUUCUAAUUCUACUUCAUCAGCUUCCACUUUCACUGAUUGUAAUAAUAUUAAUUAUAAUAAUUCAACCACCAUCACCACAUCUAAAUCGACAUCCACAUCCCCCACCACUACUACUUCUACCAUUUCUUCAACAACAAUAGUUGGUGCUAAUUGUUAUAAUUCAAAUCUAAAUUCAACUCGACUAACUUCACCUACUUGUAAUUUAAACUCUACUUCUACUUUUUCGUCCAACAUUUCAGGAUCUGAAAACUGUGAACCUUUACCAUUACCAUUAACAGUUUCGUCGACUAAUCAACAACAAUCAAGAUUUCAGUCAACCAAUAAUAAUAAUCGAGCCAGUGUUAAUUCACCACCACCACCACAAACAACAACAACAACAACAACAAUACCAAGUAACAAGGUUAACAGUGUCUCUCAAGUUAAUAAUCACCUUGUGAUCAAGCAACAAGAUUUUCUUGAUACUGUUGCCACCAACACUCAUACCAGCAUCUACAAUACAUGUAAGAAAAUGUCCUCGGAGGAUACCAAUACUAUCGUUGUUGAUAGUUUACCACCACCAAGUGAAAUGAAACACAAAUCUUCAACACCAUCAACCUUAACCUUAGAUAAAAAAAUGAUCGCUGAUAUAACAACAGUAAACAACAACAAUAGUGAUCAAGUUAAUCAUGGACCCCGGAAAUUGGCUCAAGAUGAAUUACCCAAACCGGAUACAGUUAAAAAUUGUAAGAAAAUAUUUGAAACUAAUUCAGUUUCACCAACACCUUUAACUGGACCAUUGUCACCAUCAUCAUCAUCUAAUCAACCAACAACACCACCAACUAAUGAUAACAGUUCAAGUAACAUAAACCACAACAACAACAACAACAAUAAUGAUAACCAUUCAAAUUGUUCACCAAAUGAAAGUGAUUCCCGCAAUAAUAAUGGUACACAAGCUUAUCGUAAAGGUGGAAUCUAUGGUUCAUCUAAUAGUGCCAUUCGUCGUAAGCCUCCAGUUUUGAGUAGCAUCGAGAAAAAGAUCACAGUUAAUAAAGUAACGAUUAAUAAUAAUCAUAACACCGCCAACAACAAUAAUCAUAAUAGUAACAACAAUCGAUUGAUUAACAAUUCAGGAACAAGCUCUUCACCAACAUCUCCAGCACUUCCACCAAAACCACCUUUCCUGAUCACCAAGAAAUCACCUUUAAACGUUGAAUUAAACCAUGUGAAUGUUAACAAUUAUUCAAGUGCCAUAAAGCCAAUCGGUAAAUUGUCACCAAAUGAAUCAAAUAAGAAUAAAAUUAACAGUGGAAAAUCAUCAUCAACAAUCAAUGGAUCUAAAGAUUCAACAACUCACAAUAAUAAUUCAUCAAAAAGUUUGGUUAACAAAAGUAAACCUUCAUUGCCAUCACAAUUAACACUUAAGCCAAAGUUAAUUAACUCUAAAUCAGAUGAAUCAUCGCCACCUUCAUCUCGAUCAUCUUCCUCAUCUUCACCAUUGUUAUUAUCACCAUCAUCUUCAUCAUUUGUCCCACCGUCACCUUUAAUUUCAAAUGGUUCAAAAAAGUGUAUCAAUGGUGAUGAUUUAAAUUCAACAACAAUUAAAAGUAAUGAUGGUGAUACAAUUGAUGGUUGCCCAUUGAUUUCAAGUCAACAAUUAAAAUCAACAAAAAUGUCUACAAUUAAUCAACCAUAUUCACCAUCUCUCGAUGAGGAAAUAGAUAAAUCUUUAAUCAAUAAUCACAAGAUUAACUCGGAUCAAAGAUCAACAUCAACAGUGUCAACAACAACCAGCUCAAUGAUAACCAAUAAACCAAUUGCCAAUAUUAAACCAAUACAAUUAGAUUUAAAUGAAGAUCAUCAUAAUCGUUGGAAAUCAACAAUUAAUAACAGCAAAUGCGAUGAAAAAUCAACUGAGAAAGUUUUUCCACCAUUGAAUGUGACCAACACUCUCAAUAGUAAUAAUCAUAAUUUAAUUACUAAGGAUCAAACAAAUAAUGAUUUUAAUUGCCUUCCCAGUGAAACUAAGUUAACUUCAUCAUCACCAACAGCAACAACCAUUACAAGUGAAUCAACUAAUCACCAUAAUAACAAUAACAAUAAUACUAAUAAGGAUAGGAAUAAAAUUAAUCACUCUAUCAAUAAUAGUAAACCAAUUUCUAAUAAUAAAAGGGUUGAAAUUGUUGAGAAGACCAUUAAUAAUACACCAAUGAUUAACAAAGAAAAUCCAACCAAUGGACCAAUUAAAUCUCGUUGUUAUCCCUCAUCAUCAUCAUCAUCAUCAUCAUCUCCACCAACGAUAACAUCAACAGUCACAUCUAAACCUCAACCAUCAUCGGGAACCACAAUGAUUUUUGAUUUUCGAGGUAAAAAUGUUAAGGCCAAUGUGGCCGUUCAUAGUCCACCUUUUUCCGUGGUUCGUCCUCCAUCAUCAUCAUCAAGUAUCGGUGGUCGAUCUGAUGAUAAUGAAGAUGAUUACAAUUACACCGGAUCAACGGAAGUACCAAAGCCCAGUGGAAUCACAUUUAAGGGUGAAAAUAUAAUCAUCGACGGUGGAUCAAUGUUAAUCAAACGUAAUAAGAAGUUAACAAUUUCGUUUGAUGAUAAGGCUACAUCGACAUUUGAAUAUCCAUCGGAAGCAUCAUUCAUUGAAGAAUCCAUGACAAUCAAUUUUGGAUCUAAUUGCCAACAAUUAACUAAUCCAGAUGAAUCUGUGAUACAACAAUCAACCAAUGGAUCAAGUCAAAACAAUACAACCUUAGGAGGAGCUUUUUCAGGCGGAUUGGCUUCAUACAAACCAACAUUUCUAUCAAGUGAAUCCACUUCAUUUCAAUUGGGUGUUUCCAGGGUAAUUAAAGGUGAAAGUGAUAAUAUUAAAUCAUCAAAUAGUGAUUUAAUUAAUGAUGAUGAAUCUAAUCAAUCAGCUGAUCAAGAUGAUACAUCAUUUGGUAUGAUUAAACCAGCUGAGCCAAGUGAGACAACAUCAUGGUCAACAUCAUCAACAGCACUUGAUUUGUUAUUUUAAUUGGGUCAAAAUUAACUAAUUGUGCAAAUUAAACUUUAUUGAUGAUGAUAAUGAUUAGUGAAUUAAGUUAAUCAGCAAACCAUGAGAAAGAGGAAAUGAUUAAGAGAGAGGAAAGUAAAAAGAAACCUUUUAAAUUGUUUAACAACAACAACAAAAAGAGACCAAA